AUGCCCCCGCUGGUGUUGCAUGUGCUGCAAGUGUAUUAACCUCUGAACUCCUAAGAGCGAUAAGUAUCUAAUUUCUCCGAACAGUAUCGCCCCUAAAUCAAACUUUAAGUUCAUGAGAAUAAGGGAUAUGAUCAGAAACUUAAAAAGCCCUUGAUUGUUAGACAAGUUCUUCUUGCAAGCACCAUAAAAAAUGUAUAGAGAUUGGUAUGGAGAAAUUGCAUAGUGAUUUUAGGGUGUAAAGGAUUAAUUGGACUCAGCUUUAUUUCUCUCUUAUUGACCAUGAGCAAGCUUGAAUUGCCUCUCGGAGACAUGAAAAUGGUGGCCAUGGAAAUUGAAGAGUAUCAUACUUUUCUUGCACAGAUGUCAACCUUUGGGGUUUCGGAAUUGUUUCUUGUUACUAUCAUUAGCCUAUGGCUUCUGUUUCAGCACAAUGCACAGAUACUCCAGGAAUAUCAAGCAGUGGCUGACUAG